UUCAGAGUCCUGGUGCGGUGCGGUUGCUUUCGUCCAGUGCGUGCUCACUCAUUCAGCCGAGAUGCCUGAGGAAACCCAGACCCAGGACCAGCCAAUGGAGGAGGAGGAGGUGGAGACCUUUGCCUUUCAGGCAGAAAUCGCCCAGCUGAUGUCCUUGAUCAUCAAUACCUUUUACUCGAACAAAGAGAUCUUUCUGAGGGAGCUCAUUUCCAAUUCAUCAGAUGCUCUGGAUAAAAUCAGGUACGAGAGCCUGAUGGACCCCAGUAAGCUGGACUCAGGGAAGGAGCUGCACAUUAAUCUCAUUCCCCACAAACAGGAUCGAACCCUCACUAUUGUGGAUACUGGAAUUGGAAUGACCAAGGCUGACUAGAUCAAUAACCUUGGCAC